GCCCCGUGCAACAAACCUUCUGCUCUUUUUGCAACCAUCCUUGAGACCAGAGAAAACGACUUGCAACCAUGUCGGCCCUUCAACAGAUCAUCCUGCACCCCUACCUCUCGCAGACGCUGCGCUUCUGGAGCACGACUGUCGGUCGCGACAAGACGUACCGUUCGGUUCAGUACCUUGCUCGCUUCCUCGCAUGGUACGAGUACCGCAAGGGCGCGACCAAGGAGACGGUUGCCCGCCUGACGAACCUCAAGAGCAGCUUGGCUCUUAGCCGAAAGCUCAUGCGAGUCGGCAAGUUCUUGGAGCACCUCCAGGCUGCGCUCAAGGCGACGGCCAUCCAGGACCCUUUCGUCUCGUACACGGCCAUCGGCAGGCAGCUCGGCUAUGGCUCCUACCUUGUCCUGGACACCCUCCAAUGGGUCCACGGCUCCAAGGCCUACCAGUUCUCGCCAGAGACGUACAAGAAGAUCUCCAAGAAUGCCGCCCGGUUCUGGCUCACCGGCCUGUCGUUCAGCCUGAUCAGCGGCAGCUACAAGACCUACGUCCUGCGCCAGCGAGCGGCUGCUGCCCGCCGGCCCCGUGCCACGGCAGAGAAGGAGGCCGAGCGCAAGAUCGAGGCACAGCAGAUUGCCACGGAGCAGGCCGCCGUGCAGUUCCAGAUGACGCAGGACGCCCUCGACUGGCUCAUCCCCGCCACGGGCGCAGAGUUCCUCGACCUCGACGAGGGCGUCCUCGGCCUUGCUGGUCUCGCCACGUCGCUCAUGGGCGCAAGGACCCAGUGGAGGGCUGUCAAUGGGCCCGCCGCCGCCAAGAAGUAGAUUUGUCAUCUUGAAAUUAUUUCAAUGUGGUCGUCGCAUGGUAGUCUGCGGGAGCUUUGGCAAGAAUAGACGACUAUCUUUGGGUGUGCAUGAGCCGAGAGGAUUGUGCCGCUGUGUGGUUAAGAUCUGUUGCUUUGCUAGUGGUAUGAGUCUUAUGGUACAGAAUGGAUGGUGUCAGAAGAGG